GCUAUCCAACCAAAAGUAUACGUAGCGCUCAUGGAAGCCAGCCAAAGCCACUACAUUUCCAUGGCUUUAUCUUCUCACCUUGCCAGCACAAUCCUCUCCGCCACUACCCAUUCUUCUUCUUCCUCACACUCUCCCCCUAAAGUCCCUAAUUCUCAGCAUUGUUCUUCACUGAAUACCCUCUCUUUUCAGGCCAAACCCACCGCCCAACACAUCCCCAGCCUCUCUGCCGGCGCCUCUCUCCGCCACAAAUGGAGAACCAAUGUCUCUUUCUUCACCUCCUUUCUGAGCAAGCCCAGAGAUGCCAAACCCAUCAAAGAGGAGCUUCUCGAGGCCAUUUCACCCCUUGAUCGAGGUGCAGAUGCCACCCCCGAAGAUCAGCAGAGGAUCGAUCAGAUUGCACGCAAACUUGAAGCGGCCAAUCCAACAAAGGAACCUCUAAAAUCUGAUUUGCUAAAUGGGAAAUGGGAACUUAUAUACACAACUUCACAAUCAAUUUUGCAAACCCAGAGACCCAAAUUCCUAAGAUCAAGGACAAACUACCAGGCAAUCAAUGUGGAUACAUUAAGAGCUCAAAAUAUGGAAUCUUGGCCAUUCUUCAACCAGGUAACUGCAGAUUUAACACCUCUGAAUGCAAGAAAGGUGGCCGUAAAAUUUGACUUUUUCAAAAUUGGAGGCCUGAUACCUGUUAAAGCUCCCGAACGAGCUCGAGGUGAGCUAGAGAUUACCUACUUGGAUGAAGAGUUGCGAGUAUCGAGAGGCGACAAAGGGAACUUGUUUGUCUUGAAGAUGAUAGACCCUUCUUAUAGGGUUCCAGUUUGAUUGUUGAUGCCAGCACCAUAGCAAACUCAGUGAAGCUUGCAGGCUGCUUCUAGUGAAUUAUACAAUACAAUACAACACAUCACAUCUUCUUGUCCCGUAUCUUCUCCCAUCUGUGGCUUUUAUGUGUAAAGUUUUGAUUCUCUUUUGUAUCAGUGACUUACUGUAAUUUCAUAAUGGCAAUUAGCUUUUGAAUUA